CUGGUGUUCUGAGGAAAAGGUGUGUAAGUGGAUCAGCAAAGCACUUAAGUUAAAGCUGCUGCAAUUACUGAGCAAUGGGGGACAGAGAGGAGGCGGGGCCAAGCCAGGAAGGCCCAGGAAAACGGGGCAUCCCCUUCUCCUCCUCCGAACUGCUGCGCUUGAGACUGGACUCAGGGGGAAGGGACCGCUGUCCUCCGCUACCCACUCCUGCCAACCCCGCACCCAGGGGUGUGUGGCCGAGGCAGGCACCUAGGGCCUGGGCGCCGACGACGGCCUUCAAAGCCCCCUCCCUGGCCGCCGAGGAGGGUGGAGCCAGGAGGCCGUCGCCCCGCCCCAUCCCAGCCCCCGCGCGCAGCGGGCCGGGGUCUCUGAGAUCUGAGCCCCGCGGAACACGCAGACCUCGUGGGCGCAUCGGGCACCGGCUCCCGGACGGCGGGAUCGCCGAGUUCGCCCACCCCGCGGGCGGCAGGUCUGGCAGGUGUCGGUGCUGCGGCCCAGGAGUGCAAGUGUUUUGACCGUGGGCGGAAACCCCUUCUGGAGUCUCCCUGGUCCAUGGACAACCCUAGCCUUCGUGAGCUUCGGCAGCCUCUGCUGGCAGGCCGGGAUCCCCCUGUCCAGAAGCCUGGCAAGCCUGAAUUGGGGGCCCCUGUAGGAGAGACAGCCUUUGCAGAGUCCCCGAAGGGCUGGCAGUUCCUACCACCACCUCUUCCCUCUGUGAGUGCUAGUCUGGGGGAUCCAGGGACACCCAACCUUGAGGAUGAGUCUUCCAGUGACAGUGACUCGGACUGGGAUGGGGGCGACCGGCUCUCACCACUUCUACCCCACGACCACCUCGGCUUGGCUGUCUUCUCCAUGCUGUGUUGUUUCUGGCCCGUGGGCAUUGCUGCCUUUUGUCUGGCCCAGAAGCCCUAGGCAGCGCAAGUGAGGAGAUGAUUUCAAGUGCACUUCCUCCUUUCCCACUUUCAUGAGCUCUGCGAGAAAACGAGAAGGCAAGGGUCUCUGGGAUCGAUUCUGGCAGUGGACCCUCCAGUGGGAUCAGGCAUCUCGACACCCUGGAACGGAACCUAACUUCACAGAGCCAAGGAACCUUAUAGUUCAUGGAACUGGAGGUCUUUGGAUUUUAGAGCCAUGAGCUUUUUGACGCCGAUCUCAACAGCCGUGGAAUCAGAGGGCCCACUUCUGUGCUGCCCGUAUUCUAGAUUCAUCAGAUCUUCUCGUUGGAAAUGCACUUGAGGACUGUCUGGCCCAACAGUUUCCUUAAAGACCUAGAAUUCCUGUUGGCUUAUCACUCUGGGCUGGGAGCAGGGGGUCCUGAUGCCCCUACUUCCUGAUGUCAAACUGGCUCCUCCUCUUUUUUCCUAUCUCAUAAACUCCUUUCACAUUUUCACCAAGUUCCUAGUGGUUACAAAGGAAACUCCCCCCCCCUUUUUUCAUUUUGGAGAGAUUUUUGCUAUAGGGCGCGUGCGCUUGCCAGACAGAGACAGACAGAGAGACGGAAAGCGAGAAA